AUGGCUGCUUCGGUCCUCGGUAAGCGCCAGCGAGGUGCUAUCGAACCGGAAGUUCCAUCAUUACCAGUGCGUCGAGCAAGCAGACGCCGGACACAACAACCUCGCGUCCGUGAAGGCAGCGAGCCUCCUGCACCCCAACCGCGCCAACUUCGGUCACGGACGAGAAAUGGCAAUGGCACCACUAUUCAAGAAGAGCCCCAGGAAGAACCAAAGAAUGACUUGGUCGAAAGUGGACAGACAAAGCGUACAGUGCAGGUUGGCAAGACGGCCAUAUCACCGGUUAAGCGCAGCCAUGCUACAGAUCCGGUCAAUGACGAAAACUCGACGCCAGUUGAGCUCAAGACACCUUCGAAAUCAAGGUUCCGCGAUGCACUUGAUUCCCCUCCUCCGACAACACCGAAACACCGCGUUCAGAUCGGCGGGAAAUCAAUGACCCCGCGCACACCUCGACACAUAUCGACGCCAACCACCACGCAAACCAUAUACUCCGAAGCAAGGCAAAUGUUUGCGCGCGGAGCAACUUCGACUCGGAUAGUGGGUCGGGAUACCGAACGGGAGAAAUUGACCUCGUUUAUACAAGAUGGGGUUGAUUCGGGCAAAGGUGGUUGUCUGUAUGUCAGUGGUCCCCCGGGUACUGGAAAGAGUGCCUUGGUUCAGGAAGUGUGUCACGACAUGGACUUGAAGUCUCUCAAAAUCGCACACCUCAAUUGCGCGAGUAUGCGAGGUGCUCGUGACGUCUACAGCAGGCUUAUCGGCGAUCUCUGCAACGACCAUGAUGUUUUCAAGAAGAGUGAACCAGAUCGGCUACGACUGAUGUUCACAUCCGACGAGAAUGACGAUCUGUUUCUAGUCACUCUGGACGAGAUCGAUCACCUCCUCACCGCGGAUUCCGGUAUCCUUCAGUCUUUGUUUGAGUGGUCGUUGCAGGAAAAGUCUAGACUCAUGCUCAUUGGUAUUGCCAAUGCGCUAGACCUAACUGAUCGAUCACUCCCGCAAUUGAAGGCCAAGAACUUGAAGCCUCGUUUGCUUCCCUUUUUGCCCUACAAUGCUGGCCAGAUUGCCAGCGUAAUCACCAAUCGUCUUCGCUCUUUACUUCCUGAAGGUCAAACUGUGGACCCCAAUUUUGUUCCUUUUGUUCAACCAGCAGCUAUUCAACUGUGCUCGAAGAAGGUGGCAUCGCAGACUGGCGAUAUACGGAAGGCGUUCGAAUUGGUUAAGCGUGCCAUUGAUCUUAUUGAACAAGAAGCUCUCAAAAAGCUCGAGGCACAAAAUGCCAACCCCGAGACUAUCACAGCGCCGCGAGCCAGCAUUGCUCAUGUUGCGCGUAUCACUUCGGCGGCAUUCGGACAAGGGACAGUUCAGCGACUACAGGGGCUCAACCUUCAGCAGAAGGCAGCCAUCUGUGCCUUGAUUGCCCUGGACCGGAAGCGGCGGCAAGGUGAAUUUCCAGGCACACCAUCCAAGACCAAGCAUUUGCCGCCGACGAUCAAGCAAGUGUACGACACAUAUUGUACCUUGUGUCGGCAAGACAAUAUCCUACACCCUCUUACAUCUACCGAAUUCAAGGACGUGCUCAGCAACCUGGAGACGAUGGGUCUUGUGGGUGAAUAUCAAGGCCGCGGUCGUGGUGGCACAGUCGCUGGCGGGUCAGAUCUGCGACGCAGUCCUUCCAAGCUCCACGGGCCGAUGACACCCAGCAAAGCCUUGGAUGAGCAGAGCCUGGUUUGUUUCGUGUCUCAAAAGGAGAUUGAGACACAACUUACCGGAGCGGGAGAGGGUAUCCUCAGAAGGCUGCUCACCGGCCAAGGGUUGUAA